AAGCACGCCGGGAUUUGUAGUCCCGGUGCUGCCGCCAUGAGUGCGGUGCUGCCCACGGGCGGGGCUCGGGCGGCGCGGCGGCUCAGCGGGGCCCGGGGGGCAGCCGGAGCGAGCCAGGUCUGCAGCACAGCCGGCACCCCGAGGCGCAGCCGGAGGAGGAAAAGCAUUGCCAUUGCCUACGAAGCCAGGCAGGGGAAUGGUGCCGAGCAGGGGAUGUCUGAGCCCCAGAAACCACACUGGGAGCCAAAGCACUGGCGGCAGCAGCUGGAGCACAUCCGGGAAAUGAGGAGGAAAAGAGAUGCUCCCGUUGAUGAGAUGGGAGUGGAGAAGUGUUAUGACAGCAGCGCGCCUCCACAGGUGAUGCGCUACCAGGUUCUGCUGUCACUGAUGCUCUCCAGCCAGACCAAGGACCAGGUGACAUCCGCUGCCAUGCAGCGUCUGAGGCAGCAUGGCCUCACCGUCGACAGGAUUUUGCAGAUGGAUGAUGCGACACUUGGACAGAUUAUUUAUCCUGUAGGAUUCUGGAGGAACAAGGUGAAGUACAUCAAGCAGACGACAGCCAUCCUGAAGCAGAAAUAUGGAGGUGACAUACCACAAACGGUGGAGGAGCUGGUGCAGCUGCCGGGAGUUGGGCCCAAGAUGGCCCACUUGGCCAUGACCAUUGCCUGGGACAGCGUGUCCGGGAUAGCUGUGGACACCCAUGUGCACAGGAUCACCAACAGGCUGAAGUGGGUGAAGAAGGAGACCAGAUAUCCCGAGGAAACCCGUGUAGCACUGGAGGAGUGGCUGCCCAGGGAUCUCUGGAGGGAGAUAAACUGGCUCCUGGUGGGCUUUGGCCAGCAGACCUGCCUGCCUGUAAAUCCUCGCUGCAGUGAGUGCCUCAAUCAAGACAUCUGCCCAGCUGCUAAGAGAUGCUGAGGGAUCACCUGUUCCUUGUAGAGCACCAAAGCUGCGUUGGCUCAGCAGCAGCGUGGAGCUGAGCCCCAGCGAAGCCGUGCUUUGCACGGGGCUGGCUGUGUGACUGCAGGGAAACUGCGGCCAGUUCUGCAGCGCUGGGGAGGGAGCAGCUGCUGGCAAUGGCUGAGCUCGAGAGAGGAAAAAGGGUCUUUCAAAGCGCAGCAGCCCUGCUGUGUCAGUGCUAAAGGCUCCAGCCCCCGUGCGAAUGCCUGAGCAUGUUCCAGCGGAGCAGCAGGCUGUUCCGCAUCAGGAGGAGCUGGAGAGAAAUGCUUUGUCCUAGGAGGCUUGCUGCUGCUUGUAAAUACACAUUUAAUAAAGGUGGCGGGGCUUUUUUUUCCACCCACGAGGUCUGCUGGCAUCUGUGCAGCACAGGGCAGGGGGAGGAGAAUACAGGUGACUUCACCAAAGCCAGAGACCAUAGCAACAAGCUCUGCCAGCCGUGAGCAGCAGCACGCAGCCUGGCUGCCCAGGCAGCGAGGGCAUGCCAGGAGUGAGGGACAACUGCAGCCUUCAGAGGAUCCUGGUCUGGAUCCUUGUCCACCACCUAGACAAGCGGAUUGCGGUAGUAAAGGAGCAAGGGAUAACAGAGCCGGGAGGAAGCUGGUGCCACGCUCAGCUCUGCGUGUGCCAGCAAGGGUUACAGUGGCCACAGGAGUGGUGCUGGUGUGUGCCUGGAUGCUGACAGAAAGGACACCAGAACCGUCUCUGUUUUGUUCUUCAAAGAAAGGGCAGU